AUGACCAUGACCGUCAACGAAACCCACCAGCCCAGCCUGCGCAGUUGGGUGCAGUCGGCCAACCAAGCCGGCACUGAUUUUCCGAUUCAGAAUCUGCCCUUUGGCGUUUUUCCGCACCCAGACGACAUCACGCCCGCCGGGGGCGUGGCGAUCGGCGAUCAGGUGCUCGACCUGCGCCGGGCGCACCAGCUCGGCCUGCUGGAGGCAGCGCCCGAGGACGCCCUGCACGCGACGACGCUAAAUCCGUUGAUGGCCCUGGGCGCGACGACUGCUUCUGCGCUGCGAGCGGAGCUCUCGGAGCUGUUGCGAGAAGGCUCCCCAGCCACCGAGGCCGCCGCCCAGGCGUUGCGACCGAUGGGUGAGGUCGAGCUCUUGCUACCGGCCGAGAUCGGCGACUACACCGACUUCUACUGCUCGGUCCACCACGCCAACAACGUCGGCAGCAUGUUUAGGCCCGACAAUCCGCUGAUGCCUAACUACAAGCACUUGCCGGUGGGUUACCACGGCCGGGCUUCGUCGAUCGUGCCGAGCGGUACGGCGGUGCGGCGACCUUCCGGUCAGUCGAAAGCGCCAGAUGCCGCGGCGCCGUCCUUCGGACCUUCGAAGUUGCUCGACUACGAGCUCGAGGUGGGGUUCUACGUCGGCCGUGGCAACGAAAUGGGUACGCCGGUGGGGAUCGAACGGGCCGAGCAGCACCUGUUCGGCUUCUGCCUGGUCAACGACUGGUCAGCUCGCGACAUUCAGGCCUGGGAAUAUCAGCCGCUAGGGCCGUUUCUGGGCAAGAGCUUCGCCACCACGGUGUCGCCCUGGGUGGUGACCACCGAGGCUUUGGCGCCGUUCCGGGUCGCCGAGCUGGCGCGCGCCGAGGGCGACCCUCGACCACUGCCACAUCUGCGCUCGGCAGAGAACAGCCGUGGCGGUGGCAUCGAUCUACAGCUCGAGGUCUACUUGAGCACCGAGCGCAUGCGCGGCGAGGGUGCCGAACCCACUCGGCUGAGCCGCGGCAACUACUGCCACCUCUACUGGACAACCGCGCAAAUGCUCGCCCACCACGCCUCGAACGGCUGCAACUUACGACCCGGCGACCUGAUGGCCAGCGGCACCGUCUCCGGCCCCGACAAGAGCUCCCGCGGCUGCCUGCUGGAGCUCACCUGGCGCGGCGCCGAGCCGAUCACUCUGCCAAAUGGUGAGGCACGCAAGUUUCUCGCUGACGGCGAUCAGCUGACCUUGCGCGGCUUCUGUGACAACGAAGGCGCCACCCGGAUUGGUUUUGGCGAAUGCAGCGGCGUGGUCUUGCCGGCGCUAACCUAA